AAUAAUAUAAAUAUUUGUAGAAUUCAGGAAAAUGAAAAUCAUUACUUCCUCCUCCUACCUCUCGCUUUCGCCUUCUCUGGCUGUCUUUGCUCUCUCGCGAGUUCUUCCUCAGCUUUAUCCUCUCCUUUAAGACGUACGCAGGAAUUCUAGUCCCAAUCCACAUCCUUUCUUGGUUUUUCUCGACUUUCUUCCCAUCUUCGGCCGACGGAGGAGUUGCUGUCCACUUACAGGAUAAAAUACAGGGACUUUGUUGGCUUUCUGAUACCUGCCAUAUUGAAUGGAAUUUGACAUUUCUAAAUUUGCGAGACAGAAAUUCAUGUAGAGGUGCUCUCCCAGUUUCUCUCUUGUAAUUACUGAUACUUGGAACGGAAUUGAAAAUGGAUAUGAAUCCCAUUAAGGAUGUUUUUGAUCGUGUCACAAAGAAGCAAAAGCUGUCCAUUUCUAAAAACCAAGAAGUGAUUGACCAGAUCAUCCAAGAAAUUGAAAGGGAAAUAGGAGCAAUACAGUCAGACUCUCCACUUGAUCCUAAAUCUGUCCUUGCUGAGCUUAAGACAAAGUUACAAGAAAUUGCCCCACUCAGUCAACUGGAAGGCCCACAGAAGAAACUGAACAUAGCACUCAGCAAGUAUCCAAAGCAGAUUGAGAAAUCCUUCAGCCCAGAUAUAUCAAAGGCAUAUAGAAAUGUUGAAUUUGACACCCACAUCGUUAAUGAAAUUAUUGCCAGCCAUUUCUACAGGCAGGGGUUAUUUGAGAUUGGUGACUGCUUUAUAAAUGAGACUGGAGAACCAGAAAGUGCUAAUGCUACGAGAUGCCUUUUCUCAGAAAUGUAUCAGAUACUUGAAGCCAUGAAGACUAAGAACCUUGAGCCUGCACUAAAGUGGGCUGCCACCAACUCGGAUAAGCUGCAAGAAAACAAGUCAGACCUUCAGCUAAAACUCCACCACUUGCAGUUCGUAGAAAUACUACAAAAGCAAAGCAGAAGCGAAGCUCUUCUCUAUCUCAGAACUCACAUAACUCCUUUUGCUACCAAUCAUAUGGCCGAAAUCCAGAAGCUAAUGGCUUGUCUUCUGUGGGUUGGUAAGCUCGAUAACUGCCCAUAUCCCGGGUUACUGUCAUCAGGCAAUUGGAACACGGUGGCUGAGGAGCUAACCUGGCAGUUCUGCAAUCUUUUGGGGCAGCCUUCUGACUGCCCAUUGAGUGUAACAAUAGCGGCUGGGGUUCAAGGGUUGCCACCUCUUCUGAAGUUUAUGACUGUCAUGUCGGGCAAAAAACAGGAAUGGCAGACAAUGAAGCAGCUUCCAGUUCCGGUGGAGCUGGAUCGGGAGUUCCAGUUCCAUUCCAUCUUUGUAUGCCCAGUAUCUAAGGAACAAUCGACUGAUGACAACCCACCAAUGUUGAUGCCUUGUAGCCAUGUGCUAUGCAAGCAAUCAAUCAAUAAGAUGUCAAAGAAUGGCACCAAAACUUUUAAGUGUCCUUACUGUCCAUCCGAUAUUGAUGCGGCACAAUGUAGGCCGAUGUUUUUCUGAUGUUAAACCUAAUAUGUGCAUUUGGUUGUCAGAAGAUUUUCUGUUGCUGAAUGUUGUGUAGAAAGAAACUAGUCUCAUGUAGCCAAGGCCACGGUGAUGGUAGCGAAAGCCCUUGUGUUGUUGUGUCUCAUUUGUUGAUGCAUUUGUUGUAAAUAAAAUUCUCAAUUCUUUUCACAUUUUGAUGGAAAGUGAAGUCAGCUGCUUCGCCAGUUAUAAAGGAAAGCAGGCAUGCUCUGACUCGCUCUUGGUA